AUGAGAAAGGCAAUUAGACGCAGUUUAAUGGUAGUCCCAGCAGCAAUAUUGCUAUCUUUGAUGCUGCUUCAAUUUGAGGGCGUUCAUUCCAGAAUUAUUGAUUCAAAGCCAACCACCUACAUGGUUGGAGAUGACUCUGGCUGGGACUUGGUCAUUGACAUGCAAAGCUGGACUCGAGGGAAAAACUUCCAUGCCGGUGAUAUUCUUGUUUUCAAGUACGACGAACAGUUCAAUGUGGCGGUCGUAAAUCAGACAGGGUAUGAUUCAUGCACCGUGAACGACGGUGCCAAAGUGUAUGAUUCAGGGAAUACGGAAAUCCAACUUGCCUUCGGAGCUAAUUAUUUCAUCGAUAGUGCUGCUGAUGUAUGUGCUGCUGGAAUGAAGAUGUUCAUCAACGCCACCGCACCACCCCCAUCUAUUUACUAG